AUGAAGGAGGAAAUAUCACAGCUUGUGGACUCUCGAGGAAGACGACCAGCAUCUAACGACGACGCAUUCAAACUAUACAGCUUUUCAUCAUCCAUCCCGCUUUUCAGACGGAAGUACGACUGGAAUGUGCCAAAAUGGGAGCCUGAUCAAAUAAGACGGCUGCACAUUGCAGUCUAUAACCAGCUUACAAAGGAUCUGACUGGCGGUCCUGCGGGACUCGAUUCUCGCCUAAAACCUGCAGAAAUAUCCAAGAUAUCCCAACUGCUCGAUGUGUCACAUGCACGACUGUUGUACGGGAUAUACCUUGAUUUAGGACCGACACGGAUGGCCGAUGUCAUAGUUGAUCUCUUGCGCGGAGACAAUUUUGUAAGUCUUGUAGAAGCAAUGAGAAAGGAUUCGGGCGCUUUCAUCCGGCUAUUUUCAACAUCUGCGGACUCAUACCAUGAAGAAAGAACUACAAGCUGUGUGAUCGAGGCGCAACCAGAAAAUACUACCGUAGACCUGGCAUCCCUCUGGUCUCGGGUGGCAGAUGAUGUUAAUGACAACGGCAAAAGUACAAAGCACAAGCUUGCCACAGAGUGCUGCACCAUUUUUCUUAAUUCAAAACCAGAUGGGUCGCUCAUAGAGACGGUUACGAGAAAGGAGAUUACAAAGUUCCGCCAGUAUACUGCCACGCUGCCACCAAAUGACGAUUAUCUGCAGAGGGGUGCGGAAAUUGCGCAAGAGUUGGGACUAACCCUCUACCAGCUGCUGAAGGCUGAUUCCAGGCCGGAUCAACUUUCAAGCAAACGUUGGGAACACCAUGAUGACGAACGCCUGAUACAACUUGUGCAGAGGCAAGUAAACAUUAAUGCUCGCGGGCCUAAACGUUCCAAUUCACUAUGCUGGAGAACCGUAGCCCGGCAAAUGGGAAACAAGACAAACGAACAGUGUAGACUGAGAUGGAGAGCCAUAGGGAACACCACGCUCUGCAACGAAGCCUUCGACGAUUCGCAGCUUUACAUGUUGCAAAUAUUACACGCGGCGUAUGGAGAUAACUGGCACAAAAUAGCGAAAUUGAUGCCAGGGAAGCAAGCUCAUCAAUGCAGAAGCAAGUUUCUAUCAUGCCUUUCCCAACCAGAUAGGACUGACUACAUCAAAUACUACUACGACCUCAAGAAUGCAAUCACUAACCGUAAUGCAGCUGUAAAUGUGCGCAAGUGGUGGGCACGUGUGGAUUGUUUGGGAAUGAAGAUGCUGAAAAUUGCCAACAUCACAAAGAACACAGUCAUCAUGAACGUGCUGGGCGACUUUUACAGGUCGGAAGAAAUCAUACGACGCAUCAACAGGCUAUUCGGAGACGAGUCGCUAAAGCGCACACAUACCCUAAAUGGCGUCGAUGUGCUAAUAGUGGCGGAGUAUCUCAGGCAGUACUCCUCCCACAUGGUGUGCAAAAUACUAAACAGCGUUGUCGUGUCGCUGCUAAAGAAAUCAAAGUCUGGACACGCAAACGAUUUCAGAAACAUAUUCGAUUUGGGGCACGUUGACGAGUCGCAAUUCGCCAAUGCACUUAAAAGGCUUCUGGACCUUUCAUGGCCAUAG